CUGUGUGACGACACGUCCGUCUAAGAUAUUUUGUUUUUUUGUUCGGCAGUCAUAAAGGGCGCGAAGUAGUUUUGUCGUUUUUUUGCGGUAGGUGCCUCAUUUCUUCAGCUGCAGGCGACUUUUUAUAUCAUGGCAGAAGCAGCAGAACCAACUCCAGCUACAACAGAAGAAGGCAUCAACACAGAUGGUGUGGAUGGGGCAAUGCUACUUCUUCAGGGGAAACGACACUUGCUGGUGCAAGAUUAUCCCUCCGCGGUCAUCAGUCUUCAAGAUGCUUGCAAACUUCUUGCUUCAAAGUAUGGGGAAACUGCUAAUGAGUGUGGGGAGGCAUACAGGUGCUAUGGCACAGCCCUGCUAGAGCUUGCUCGACAGGAGACCGGCGUCCUGGGCAACGCGCUUGAGGAUGAAUCUCCAUCUGAAGAGGAGGAGGAGGAGGAAGAAGAUGGAGAAGAGGAUGAGGCAGAAAAGCAGGAAGCAGAAGGGAAUAAAGAAGGAGCAGCUGCUUUGGAGGCAGAAUCUAGAACCUCAGAAGAGCAAGCAGAUGUAACAGAUGUGGUGGUGGGAAAAGCAGAAGGUGGCAAAUGUGCGAAUGAAGAAACAAGUGGGGUGAAAGAAAGUGGGGAAGUGAAAGAGUCAGGAGAGGGGCAGAUGGAAGACAAGGUGGCACCAUCUGAAGAUGAAAAUGUGGAGUCUGUUGCGGUGGAAAAGAAAGAGGAUGCGGAGAAGAAGGUUAGCGAUGAGAAAAGUGAAGCAGUAGGGCAAGCAGAUGACGGCAGCGCUGAGAUAACCAAAGGUAGUGCAGAAGCCAUGGAAGUUGAUGAUCCAUCUGGUAGCGGCAAAGAGGACUCAUCAGGAGCAGAAAAGUCUGCUGAGGCAGAGGAAGACCUCGAAAAAGAAGAACCAGUGCUCAAGGAAGACCCUCACAUAUCUGCUGAACCAGGCACAUCGUCGGCUGCACCGCAGGAGAAGGUGGAUGAGGAUGAAGUUUCGAAUCUUCAGCUAGCAUGGGAAGUCCUCGAACUUGCCAAGGUCAUCUUCAAAAGGCAAGCUGCGGAGGGCAACGCCGAUGCUCUCGGAAAGGUUGCAGACAUUCUGCUCAAGCUGGGUGAAAUUAGCAUAGAGUCUGACAACUGUGAGCAGGCUGUGGAAGACUUGUCGGAGUGCUUAAACAUCCAGAGGGAGACUCUGGCAGCAGAUAGUCGGCAGCUAGCUGAAACGCAUUAUCAGCGUGGCUUGGCACACUCUUUUGCUGGACAGUACAACAAUGCUGUGGACGACUUCCGGGCAGCGGUUGGGGCACUGCAGUUACGAGUGGAGAACCUCACCAAAUUUAUUGAAGAGAACAAGUCCAAAGAACGUCAGGGAUCACUGGACGAUGAUCCAGUGUGGCGAGCAGAACGUGAGGUUGAGGAACUACAGGGUCUUCUGCCUGAAGUGAAAGCAAAAGUAGAAGACACUGAAGAUAUGAUGAGGCAGGAUUGCAAAGCCAUCAAAGAUGCUGCGAUACAGAAGAUGAUGGACCGAUCACCUGCCACAUCUCCAGUCAAAAAUGCAGGCUCGGCGGAACCGACAGUGAAUGUGAUCACACACCUUGUAAAACGAAAGAGGCCAACAGACGAAUCUGGUAAUGACUCAACUUCUUCCCCCAUCAAGAGGCAAAAAGCAGAGACUCCCACCAAGAAUGGAGAGAGCACUACAACAGCAAGCCCCACAAAUAACGAAAAACCCGUGCCCAAAAUGCAACACAUUCUGUCCUGAAGUUUGACCACGGUCCUCUGUCCUACCUGUGCGGAUUCUUGUGGCUUUGUUGCUUGUGUAUACACUAUUUGUACUAGACCCCCCGAAAAUCGUCGUACGACCGCAUUGUACAAAACGUUCAUUGUUUAUUUAAUACGUCUUUCACACACCAUUAAUAAAUUUCUUUAGCAACA